ACGGCUGAAGAGACUGGCGGGAACGGCGGAACUUUGUGCUCAUUGCUCGGACGAGCGUUUGGCGACCCGAGUCAUGGCCGGCGUGAGAGACGGCGAAUCGCGCAGGAAAUUAUUGAGUCUACCCCCCUUCCCUACCUUGCAGCAGGCGGUGAACCUGUGCCGCGGAGAGGAAUCCGUCCGUGCUAAUGAACGCACGCUGAGCGGACAAUCAUUCGUCAACGCGUUGAACGCCAGGCCACGUCGACAGCCACUGCCACCCGGAACGGCAAUAUGCAAAGCGUGUGGCAGAUUGGCUCAUAACAAGGAAGAAAUAUGCCCGGCCAUCGGACGGCAGUGUCAUAUCUGCAACGAACCAGGUCACUUCUCACCACGCUGCCCGAAACGACCGCAAAGUGAAUCUGCAUCGCGGGAGAAAUCGGUCCGAUUCAAGGCCAAGGUGCCGCAUAUUGCCGUGUGCAAUCUUCAGGUCACUAAUCGUCGCCGGAAAACCCCAACCAUCAACCUGGAUCUACGUGCGGGCUCUGCAAGAGCAUUUACCGCAGUUACAUCAGCCAUCCCGGACCUGGGAGCGGAAGUAUUCGUCGCCGGUCUCGACGUGUUGAACAGCCUUGGCCUUGCCGAAGCUGACCUUUCCGGAGCCAAAUACGACCUCGUCCAGGCGGACCGCUCCUCCACUCUACUAUCCGUUGGACAGCUGGAACUUACAGUACACUACGGACCGCGCGAGGCGCAAUGCACCGUAGUCUUUUGCCCGGCAAUACGUGGCAUGCUACUUUCUUGCGUAGAUUGCAUUUCACUGGGUAUUUUGCACCCCACUUAUCCGAAACCCCUUCCGGCCGGCGACCAAUCGUCCAUCCGAUCCGUUGGUCAAUCCACCCCACCAUCCGAUCCUAUUUCUUUCUUAGCCCUUUUUCGACCGGUAAACCAACGGAGGAAUUUAUCAGCCACACCCGUUUGGCCAUCAUGGUUCACUUCGACGUCGUUUUCGACCAGUCCCAGGGCCUACGCUACAUUGACGGACCGGCCAUGACCAUCGAGCUGACCA